AUGUCGUACAAACCACACCUCCCUGAACUCGUUUCGGAUUUAAAAUCCAACCCGUCUCUCAUCCACGAGCACGAGUUUCUCGAUUUGAAACGCGUUUUGGAAACUGCAUUUGCCUCCACGUUUCCCCCAAAAUCGAAUCAGAAUACGACGCCUAAUGAGGAUGUUGAGGAGGAUGUCGACAUCAAAAUCGAGGACCCAGAUAUCGUCGGACCAGAAGUCGAACCGGUGGACCCUCCUUUACUUUCGGUAAAGGAAGGCGAAGAGUUGAGCGAAACGGACAUGAAUUCGAUGAUGGAAGCGAAAUCGAACGCCUCGCAGGCGUUUUCAAACGGCGAUUUUGCCUCGGCUUUGGAAGAGUACACGAAGGCGUUGCGUUUACAACCGACGUCGGCGUUGACGUUUUCGAAACGAGCGGAGUGUUUCGUGAAACUGAAAAGGAAUAAAGCGGCGAAACAAGAUUGCGAGCAGGCGCUGAAGAUCAAUCCGGAUAGCGCGAAGGCGAUGAAGGUUUUAGGGACCGCGCAGAGGUAUUUAGGCGAGUACGAGGAGGCGUGUAAGAAUCUUGGUCAAGGGUUGGCGAUCGAUUUCGACGAGGAAAGCGCCAAGGUGGAGAAAGAGGCGGAGAAGUUUUUCCACGAAAUCAGAGUGGCAAAAUCCAAAGAGAAGGCGAAAAGAGAGCAAGAAGAGAAGAAAAAGAUGGAAGAGAGGAGGAAGGAAGCGGAGGAGGCGAUGAAGAACGCGAACAUGGGUGGCGGGAAUGGCGGUACUCCGGGAGGGAAUCCAGGCGGUUUCCCGGGAGCCUUCCCGCCUGGAAUGGAAGGUUUGAUGAACGACCCGGAAAUGAUGGAAGCGAUGAUGAAUCCAAAAGUGAUGAGCGUGUUGCAACAAGCGCAAUCGAACCCGGGCGCGUUGAUAGCCGCCAUGAGCGACCCGGAAGUUGGUCCUCUGUUGCAAAAAAUCGUCGGCAAGAUGGGCGGAAGCAUGGGCGGCGGCGGCGGCGGCGGCGCGCCCGGUUUCGGGAACUUUUCGGGAGGAGGCCCAGGAGGAGGAGGCUUCGGCGGCGGACAACAACCGACGAGUGAAAAUCGCUUCACCGAAGAAGACGCCGCGCCGCACAGACCCGCCACCGUCGACGAGGUCGAUUAA